GGGCCAAAAUAAGAGGGAUCAGUUUCUACUCAGAAAAAAAUAAAAUAAAAUCGGUGUCAGUUAUCAUUUCUUCUUGAAGUUGUUCCCAUCGUAGAUAAAGAGAGUGGCAGAGAACCUAUUGCCUGCCAAGAGACACAAUAUGAAGUAGAGACUAUAAAGUUGUAAAGGCACAACCUUUCUCCAAUCUAAUUCGAGGUGGUGGAUGAUGGGUAACCUUAAACAUUGCUUGAUUCCCUUGUAAUAUAUUUAGCAUCAGAAAGUUCAAUGAUUGGUAUUGUUAUUAUAAGCGAUUUACCCAAUUCCCUGAAUUCACAAUGAAAUCUGCUCUUAUAAGCACUAAUUCCUUGCACCCAUUUGCUCCGUUCGGUGCGCAUAUAUCCUCUAAGCCAAAGAAUCCCAACGUAUUCUGCAUAAAACCCAUUACUUUGCCCGCCAUACUCUCCUCGAAAUCCCAGCCCAAGCCAUCCAGAUUGGUUGCGUUAUGCGCUUCACAUAACGCAAGCCUUUCGAAUGCCGAACUGAAGGGUCGUGGGGUGGAGGAGAUUCCGAGUGAAGACUUUGUUGAAGAUGAGAAUUCACAAAGUCGAUGGAAUGUGGAAGUGGGGAGCCCCAGUGUUCCGCCCAAUGUUGUGCCGGCGGCCAAGUUGAGCUUGAGUGACCAAGCUUUCUUUCUCCUGGCCUUCAUUGCUUGCACGACUUCUGUGGCAUUUACUAGCCUUGUUAUUGCAGCUGUCCCAACACUAUAUGCUAUGGGAAGAGCUGCAACAUCUCUUUCAAAGCUAGCAGAUACAGCUCGUGAAGAGCUCCCCAGUACAAUGGCUGCCAUUAGGCUGUCUGGCAUGGAGAUCAGUGACCUUACGCUGGAACUAAGUGACUUAAGCCAAGAGAUAGCUGAUGGAGUCAGUAAAUCAGCUCAAGCUGUGCAAGCGGCAGAAGCUGGAAUUCGUCAAAUCGGUGCACUUGCUCGCCAGCAAACUAUGUCAAUGAUUCAAGAGAGAGCUAGCCUGCCCAUCAUCUCUUUGCAACCCGUCGUUGCCAGAGCUGCAAAGAAGACUUCUAAUGCUGUUGGCCAAGCCACAAAGACCUUCAUGAAUAUCAUCUCUCGAGGGGAGUUCAGCUCAGAGAACGAAGAGGACAGUGGAAUUGAUAGAGUGGAAAUUUAAGAACUUUUCUCCUUCCCGUACAUAUUUUGCAUUGAAAUUAGACACCACCCGAAAUGAUUGUUUAAAGGAUAGUUUGUAUGCCCAAAAAAGUUUUGGGAACAAUAGAAGAAGUUUUUUUUGAAACUCAAUAGAAAACAUAUUUCACUUA